CGGCGGUUUCACGGCCAAAUUUCGUUACGCUACGUAAUCUUUGGACUUUCCCAUUUUACCCCUCCGCACUCGCACUGCGCUGUCGCUUCACUCGCUCCUCCCAUGGCCACCGACCGCACACAGCGCAGCCGCAGUCGCUCUCCACACGCCGCUGCCAGGCACCCACACGGCGCGCUCUAUGCCGCCGCCGUGCCGUCCCCGCCCACGCCGCCUCGCUCAAUCUCCGCCUCUCCCUAAAGGGCUGGAGGAUUCCGUCCGCUCAAGAUCGUAUUUUUCGUCGGUGCCCCAAGAUCUGUGAGCAGUGGUGCCCGAUCUGUCGAUGCUGGAGGCUGUGGCCACGAGAUCCAGCCAACCGCCGGCGCUGGAACUCCUCCACACUUCUCUGCGUCGAGCUACAAAGCCCAGGAGGUGACGAGGUGACGAGGUGGAGGGCGGCAUGGUGGUGUGGAGGUAGCCGGGGCCGGGGGGUCACGGUCGGCCCCGCCAAGCUCGAGGGCCUGCCGGCCGCCUGGUCCGCGCCCGCCGUCGCCGCCGUCAAGGUCAAGUCACCGCUUCUGCGUCACCGGAGAGCCAAACGACAAACCCGCCCACGCCGCGCCACCAACUCCUCCGGCCAUGUCGGUGGAGACGGAGCGGAGCUCCACGGAGUCCUCCGCCGCCUCGGGGCUCGACUUCGAGGACACCGCGCUCACCCUGCGCCUCCCGGGCUCCGACCCCGACCGCAAGCGCGCAUCCACAUCCGACCCCGACUGCCCCUCCCCCACCGCCGCCGACUCGCCGCCUUCACCCAAGGCGCAGGUGGUGACCUGGCGCCGGUGGCGCGCUCUCGCAGAUGCUCACUGGGAGGUGCGGCGGACGCGGGGUCACCGCCGUCCUGCCCGUCGGCAGGGACGGCAGGCCCGACCGCGGCGUCUUCUUCUCCAUCCUAUACGUGAGUGCUCAUGCUUCUUGCUUCUAGCUUGAUGCAGAAAGCUGCCGUUUUAUGCAUGAUUUCGUUCCCAUACAAUUGCUGCCGAUUUCCCAAGAAACAAUUUUAACACUGCGUCCAAAUUAACUCUCUAAUCUUAUGUAAGUUGUUCAAUUAAGUUGAUCCAUGCUCUGUAAACAUGCUUAGCCAGUGGUUCCAAAUUAAUGUUCUAAUAUCAGUGAUAGCGUUGAUGAGCUAUAUUAUUACAUCGGGUCGGGGUAAGGCCUGGACAGAAUUUCUUGUAAAUUGCAAGACUGCGACCGUCUUUUCCAUCCUACUAGAACGAUUCAGGUCAAUGCAUAGCUUUUGGCCAACUAGCGGUCAGCAAUCCAGCAUUUCUUUGCCCUUUGAAGGACAUACUCCUGAUGGAGAAUAGCUCCAUCUUUUGCAUCCUGUGGUCAAUUUGUGUAUUAUUACUAUGAUCAUGUUUUGGCGAAUACUCCAAGUACAGUAGAUUUUAUACUCCUUUUCAUGGAACUUUUUUUUCCCUGAAACUCAUUUUCGUUUGGCUGCUGUUUCAGAACAGUAUUCUCUUUAGGGAGAGUAGCUACUCCUGCACAGUAGGAGUGUACCAAUACUUGAUCCUUAAAAAACAUUACAACAAUAGUUAACUGAAUUAACAAACAUUACUCCUUGAUUGCUUGGUGUCAUUGUCACUAAGAAUAACCCUGGCUGAGGUUCCUCAAUUAUUUCAAGUUUACAAUCUGACAACACCAAUAAGUAGAAGUAGUUUGUGUAACAACAACAACAGUACAGUAGCAUGAGCAGUAGUUUGUGUAACAACAACAAUACAGUAGCAUUACAGUAAUGUACUCCAGUAGCUUGCAUUUUCUGGUGUCAAUGGUUGAAGAUCAAUAGGUACAAAUUCCAGUAGCGUUCCACUGCUUGCUUGCAACAAAUUCAGUUAACAAAUUCCUGUAGCUUGCUUCCACUUCUGAUGUAGCUACUUGUGCUUGUGCUUGUUUGUUCUUGUGUUGCUUACGCUUUUUGCUUGUGCUUGCUUCUGCUGUAGGUAUUUCUUCUUGAUCUCCUUCUGCAUGAUUUCCUUCUUUUCUCUUGCGCUUGCUAGAUUGAUUGCUUGCUUCUUCUCUUGCUUUCUUUGCUCUUGCUUUUUUUGCUUCUUCUUUUUUUCGAGCUUCUUCUUGCUUUUCUUCUUCUCUUGCUUUCUUUGCUUCUUCUCUUGCUUUUUUUGCUUCUUCUUUUUUUCGAGCUUCUUCUUGCUUUUCUUCUUCUCUUGCUUUCUUCGAUUCUUCUCUUGCUUUCUUUGCUUCUUCUUUCUUUCGAGCUUCCUCUUGCUUUUCUUCUUCUCUUGCUUU